UUGGAACGCAAAGUGUCGACUUUUGAUGAAAUGCCGGAAUUAAAAGAUCGCAUGCUGAUCAAAGAUCGAUCAUUCCGUCAACAGUAUGCCAGCUUAUAUUUCCCACGCUAUGUGCCGAAAGUAUUGGAUGUCCAGGCCGGCGAGAUUUGCUAUAUUGUCGGCACCGUGUAUAUGGAAAUGAUGAUGAAGCCAAACGUGAUGAAAGAUUUAGGCACAGAGCAUUCUAUUGUUGCACCGCCGACACCAGCUAAAUACCGAACAGACAAUGACAGAAUUUCGGUCGAAGAUGAAUCGGGCCGUGUGGAAUUGUCGGGUCUUCGAAUUUCAAAAGAAUUGCUGGUGACAGGAAUGGUCAUUGGUGUGUUGGGAAAGGAAAAUUCAACAGGUGCAUUCGAAGUUGUGGAUGUAUGUCUUCCUGGCGUGCCUGAUCAGGUCCCCUUUGUCGAGAAACAAACAAGUAUGAGAUGCUUUGGUGAUAUACAGGAUCAAUUAUCAAGUUCUGCAAUUUCCAGAAUCAUCAUUGCCGGCAAUUCUCUGGACAAACCCAAACGGAUCGUAGACAAGCAGAAACCCCUAGACGACCUGUUGGACGAAUUAUGCGCUACAGUCGACGUGGAUCUUAUGCCUGGAGCACAAGAUCCCAUUAAUCAUCACCUUCCUCAACAACCGAUGCGCUCGGCUCUGUUCACAAAGACACAUCAAUCCAAUACAUUCCACACCGUUACCAAUCCAUACUGGUUCACAGUGGACGGUGUUACAUUUCUAGGCACUUCAGGUCAAAACAUCGAUGACAUUUUCAAAUAUGUGGAUACUCCGGAUCGAUUAAGUAUGGCAGAGCAGACGUUAUUCUGGAGACACAUUGCACCGUCAGCUCCAGAUACCCUGUGGUGCUAUCCAUUCCAAGACCAUGAUCCUUUCCUAUUGGAUCAAGCGCCGCACGUUUAUUUCUGCGGUAAUCAGCCAAAAUUUGAAAAUAACUUACUGGAAGGUUCGGACGGGCAGCGUAUCCGCGUGGUGAUGGUUCCUUCUUUCGCCGAGACCGGCACGGUGGUACUUGUUAAUUUAAGCACUCUCGAAUGUAGCUCCAUAGAAAUUAAAUCACCGGAUUAUCGACGUGUACGCGAGCGGGAAUCCCGGAAAAUCGAUGAACAAGAAACGAAGCCGAAAUAUGUAGCAACCGGUCCUUGGCAGGUUCAUGUGGCGGCUGCUUUGCCUUUGCGUACCAUCUCACGGUUAUGGGGUGCCUUCAACUCCUUGACCAUCCCUACUUCCCUUCGCUCGGCCGGAUUUCGAUUAUACAGUUUUAUUUUCGGCUGCAAUCUUGACGAAAUCAAGAACACCGAUUUAACCAGCUAUCCCAAUUUGGCCACGUUCUUCUAUCGAGAGUUAAAGGAAGGAGUACGACCCAUUGCCGAUGCACCGAUCGUGUCACCUGCAGAUGGCAAAGUCCUGCAUUUUGGCAUGGUAGGAGAAGAACGUGAAGUGGAGCAGAUUAAAGGCGUCAAGUACUCGUUGGAUGCCCUUUUGGGUGAAGCCAAUCAGUCGGUGACUCCGCCCGGGGAAGCAAUCCAUAAUGGUGCCUCCAGUGUUGUGGACGAAGAACAAUUUGCCAACGUAAAUGGCAUUGAAUAUUCAUUGGACCAUUUAUUGGGUGACGACGGUUACGUGCAGACGGAAUCUACCGUGGGUCCCGACGGUUUGGAUCAAGCAGCGAAAUCUACGGAAAAGGAAGCUAGCGAGUUGGCGGAUAUCGCCAAGGUCGAAGACAAUCACCACAAGGUGCGUCCCGGCCAUGCUCUGUAUUUCGCCGUUGUCUAUUUAGCACCUGGGGAUUACCAUCGGUUUCAUUCACCUACAAGUUGGGUGGUUCAAACACGAAGACAUUUCGCAGGCGAACUUUUCUCGGUAUCUCCUUAUUUCGUAAAGUUGCUUCAGAACUUGUUUGUUCUUAAUGAGCGAGUGGUGCUGCUUGGAAAGUGGAAAUAUGGCUUUUUCUCCAUGAUUCCUGUUGGCGCCACCAAUGUGGGAUCGAUCAAGAUCAACUUUGACGAAGCGCUGAAAACCAACCGCAAGGAAGAUAUCCCGAUGGGCACUUACACUGAAGUGACGUAUAAAUCCGCAAGUAAGCGAUUGGGCGGAAAAGCGUUGAUGCAUGGUGAUGAAAUGGGCGGAUUUUUCCUGGGAUCGACCGUGGUGUUAGUCUUUGAGGCACCUACAUCCUUCAAGUUUGCCCUGAGCGCAGGUCAGAAAAUUAAAAUGGGCGAGCCCAUGGGUUACAUUCCCGAGGAAAAUCAAUAA